CGGCGGUCUACGCAGUUCAUUCUCUCUUCAUCUACGAGAGAAAGAGUGGCAUAAGAGAGGGAAAAAAAAAACAGGCGCUCGGGUAGGGAGAGGCGUAAACCCAAAAAAGCGAGGGAAAAAAAGGGAGGAAGAAACCGAAGAUGUCGGGCAUGGGAGACGGCUACGUGGGCACGGCCCAAGAUGCAGUGAGGAUCCGGCGUCUGGAGAAGCAGAGAGAAGCCGAGCGCCGCAAAAUUCAAGAGCUUAAAACCAAGUCCGCUUCUGGUAAGGGCCAACCUGGUCUCCUCCAAUUCGGCUCAAGUACUUCCGAGAUUCUCGAGACUGCAUUUAAGAAGGAAACUGUUGGUUUGGUUACGAGAGAGCAAUAUGUCGAGAAGAGAGUUAAUAUCCGAAACAAAAUCGAAGAGGAAGAGAAGGAGAAACUCCAGAAGCUACAACAAGAGUAA